AUGAGGGACUACCCAGGCGUUGGAAAAUUGACUCCAGAGGAAGGGAUCCUCUAUAUAGGGUCGGUGAUGGAGGCAGAGCGGGCCGCCGAACGUGCCCAGAACAACGCAGAGCACCCUGACCAUGCUAUUUUUGCCAAUGCCUUGGCUGAUAUCGAUAACAACGACAUGGCUGGUAUCGAUGCCGACGAGAUGGCUAUGCUUGAUCAUGAUGCAGAUACCUUCAAUGCUAACGUCAUUGCUGGUCUCGGAAACCACGCGAUGGUUAUGUUUAAUGAGAAUGAUGCAAAUAUCAUGAUUGAUAACGUCAUGACUGAUUUUGGAAACAACGAGAUGGCUGUUGUUGAUGAUCAUGGUAACAAUAUCAUCAAUGGUAACGCCAUGGCUGGUCUGGGCCGCCUCCCGAUGGCCGGUCAUGGUGAGAAUCAUCAGCCUGUUAUCGGUUUGGUCGAUGAUAUUGCUGAAAUUAAGGCUGAUGGUGAUGACAAUCAUCAGCCUUUGACCGAUUUCGAUUUGGCCGAUUUCAUCAAUUUUGAUGCUGAGAUUCCUGAUGAUUCUCAUCAGAAGUUUGGUGCCGAUGAUGACCAGAACCAUCAGCCUGGUGCCGAUUUCGAUUUAGCCGAUGUCAUUAAUUUUGAUACUGAGACUCCUGAUGAUUCUCAUCAGAAGUUUGGUGCCGAUGAUGACCAGAACCAUCAGCCUGGUGCCGAUUUCGAUUUAGCCGAUGUCAUUAAUUUUGAUACUGAGACUCCUGAUGAUUCUCAUCAGAAGCCUGGUGCCGAUGAACAGAACCAUCAGCCUGGGGUCAAUGCCGAAGGCCUCCAGCCUGGCUCUGAUGCGAAGGGCCAUCAGCCUGGGGCCAAUACCGAAGGCCUCCAGCCUGGCCCUGAUACGAAGGGCCUUCAGCCUGGCACCGACGGAACAGACUUGCAGCACCAGGAGCAAGCGGCGCCCCGACAAAAAGGGAGGGGCCGAGUUUCGGAGGAGCAACGCCUCAGAGACUACAUUGCAGGCAAAAGGAGACAGGAUGCAAGACUAGCGCAGGGGAGGAGGAGGCGAGAACGUUUCCUGCAGCAAUUUCAGCAACAGCAGCAUUUCCAGCAGUCCCAGCAGUUCCAGCAGUUCCAGCAGUCCCAGCAGUUCCAGCAAUCCCAGCAGCUCCAGCAGCUGGGGCAACCAUUUCAGUGGCAGCUGCAGCAACAGCAGCUCCAGCAGCAGCAACACUUCCAGCAGCAGCAACACUUCCAGCAACACCUCCAGCAGUUGGAGCAACAAUGUCAGUCGCAGCAGCAACCGCAGCAGUUCCAGCAGUUGCCACUACAAUUUCAGUCGCAGCAGCAGCGGGUGUUGCAGUGGCAGCAGGAACAGCAGUUGCUGCAGCAGCAGUUGCAACAACAACUGGGGCAGUGGCGACCAAACCAGGUGCAGUCCUGGAUGUGGCAGCAGCAGCAGCAGCAGCAGCAGCAGCAGUAG